AUGUUGGGGACGAUUAUCUAUGUGGCGGUUCUACUGGUUAAUGCUGUAGCUAUUCUCAACGAGGAGCGUUUUCUCGCACGAAUCGGGUGGACAACUUCACGACCUCAAGUUGCCAAUGCAGGUUUUCAAUCAUAUGAUCAAACAGCGUAUAGUGGUGUACAAGGAGACGUUGGAAUAAAAGCAAAGGGCAUUGAACUUGUCACUGCUGUUAGGACCCUCCUUCGAAUACCUUUAAUAGCCAUAAAUAUCGUGAUUAUCGUGUACGAACUGGUUUUAGGUGGCUGAAUAGGCUACACGUUUACGGUUUGGAUGGAAAAAAGGUUGAAACUCUCGUUGAUUAGCUGCUACCGCUGAAUCUCCAACGACAAGGAAACGG